UCCUCCGAAAGUUACACCCCGGAGUACGUCGUCCCCAUUAUAGAAGAGCCCAGGCUUUUAGGCCAUAUCCCAGUCAUCCCGGAAGCCAUUAUUGCUUUCCUCGCCGUCGUCCGGAUCGUUGCGGCCCAUUCGGCAGUUCUUGCGGGAUUUUCAGCCAGCGCUUUACGCGACCAUAUCUUGGAUGCCCGAUCCAAAGUCAUCAUCACCGCAGAUAAAGGGAGACGUGGCGGCAAAACAAUCGGCCUCAAAGCAAUCUUGGACCACGCAUUGCAAGGUCAUGAUUGCCAUGUCACAAACAUAACGGGCGGCGCCAACGUACCAUUUACGCCGGGUCGCGAUCUGUGGUGGCACGAAGAGCUGGAAAAAUGGCCGCCGUAUAUCGCACCCGAGGUGGUAAAUUCCGAAGAUCGGCUCUUCCUGCUGUACACCUCCAGAUCGGCCGGAAAGCCCAAGGGGGUGCUGCACAGUACGGCUGGAUAUCUUCUAGGUGCGACAGUUUCGACAAAAUACGCAUUCUAUAUGCACGACGGCGACCGUUAUUUUUGCAGCGGUGAUUUUGGUUGGAUCACCGGUCAUACCUAUGGUAUUUAUGGUCCCUUCCUCCUAGGUGUCACCACGGUGGUUUUCGAAGGCAGCCCGACGUACCCGAACACUUCACGUUAUUGGAAUAUCAUACGCAAGUACGGCGUAAUGCAUUUUUAUACCACCCCCACGGCGCUCAGGUUGCUCAAACGUGCGGCUGGGGACGGCGGCUGCGUCAUCCCCAACAUGCAUACGUUGAGGGUAUUAGGGUCCGUCGGAGAGCCGAUUGCGCCUGAAGUCUGGAAGUGGUACUUCGAGGUGGUUGGGAGGGGUAAAGCACAUGUCGUGGAUACAUACUUCCAAACAGAGACUGGAUCGCACGCCAUCACGCCUCUGGCUGGAGUCACACCCGUCAAGCCGGGCAGCGCAUCCCUUCCUUUCUUCGGCAUCGCCCCAGAGAUAUUGGAUCCCGUGUCGGGCGAAGAAAUUCCCGAAAGGGACAUCGAGGGCGUCUUGGUUUACAAGCACCCCUGGCCCAGCAUGGCUCGCACUGUCAGGGGCGUGCAUCAGAGGUUUCUGGAUACACAUUUGAGGGUAUAUGAUAACGUUUACUUCACCGGUGACCAGACCACUUGCGAUCACGAUGGGUUCUACUGGAUCUGA